AUGGCAGAGGAAGAGGACACGAAAGAAGAUGAGUUCUUGGCGAAGAUAGCUGAUGCUGAAACCCCAUUAUAUCCAAGCUGUGCAAACCAUAGCAAGCUAUCUGCAAUCGUCUCACUAUUUAGACUGAAGACUACGAAUGGGUGGUCAGACAAGAGCUUCAACGAUCUACUGGAGACAUUACCCGAGAUGUUACCAGUGGAUAACAUUCUUCAUUCAUCAUUGUACGAAGUGAAGAAAUUCCUGAAGUCUUUUGAUAUGGGUUAUGAGAAGAUUCACGCGUGUGUCAAUGACUGUUGUCUAUUCAGAAAGAAGUUGAAGAAGCUCGACAAUUGUCCUAAAUGCAAGGCUUCAAGGUGGAAGAUUAAUCUGCAUACUGAUGAGGUCAAGAAAGGUGUCCCACAUAAGGUAUUAAGAUACUUUCCAAUAAUCCCAAGGCUGAAGAGGAUGUUCAGGUCUCAAGAAAUGGCAACAAACUUAAGGUGGCAUGCUAGUAACAAGAGCAGCGACGGGAAACUCAGACACCCCGUAGAUUCUGUGACAUGGAAACAAAUGGACGCCAAAUAUCCCACAUUUGCUGCUGAAGAAAGAAACAUACGGCUGGGGCUCUCCACGGAUGGGUUUAAUCCUUUCAGCAUGCAGAACAGCAAGUACAGUUGUUGGCCAGUGCUGCUAGUGAACUACAAUUUGCCUCCUAAUCUAUGUAUGAAGAAGGAGAAUAUCAUGCUAACCUUGCUCAUUCCUGGUCCACAACAGCCGGGUAACAGUAUUGACGUCUACUUAGAGUCAUUAAUAGAGGAUUUGAACCAGUUGUGGAGCAAAGGAGAGUCUGCAUAUGAUGUGUUGAGUAAUUCCGUGUUUACUCUCAAAGCAAUGCUGCUAUGGACUAUUAGCGAUUUCCCUGCCUACGGAAAUCUUGCUGGAUGCAAAGUGAAGGGUAAAAUGGGUUGUCCUGUAUGCGGAAAACACACUGAUAGUGUGUGGAUGAAGUUCUGCAGGAAGCAUGUUUAUAUGUCCCAUAGAAAGGGUCUCCCACCACCGCAUAGGUAUCGUUCAAAGAAGUCUUGGUUUAAUGGACACACAGAACAUGGGAAUAAGUGUAGAAUACUAUCUGGUCAAGACAUUUCCAGUAACCUGAAGAACUUUGUCAACAAUUUUGGGAAUGUUAAAGAAUCUGGAGCGAAGAGAAAGAGGACAGUCAGUGUUGAAGAAGACUUUGACAUGGGAGACGAUUCUAGUGAAUCCGAGGCAGAGGAAGAAGAUGAAGUAGACGAAGAGGAAUUGUCAAGAUGGAAGAAAAGGUCGAUAUUUUUCCAACUGCCUUAUUGGGAGCGAAAUGUGGCAAAGAGCAUUGUGUCCACGUUACUGCAUUGUGGGAAUUCAAAGGAUGGUCUCAAUACUCGCAAAGAUCUGGAACACUUAGGUAUUAGGAAGGAUCUGCACCCCAAGGCGAAAGGGAAAAGGACUUACUUACCCGCAACACCUUGGUCUUUGUCCAAGUCUGAGAAGAAGGUCUUCUGUAAGCGACUUUUUGAUUUUAAAGGACCUGAUGGAUAUUGUUCAAACAUAUCAAGGGGAGUUUCAGUUGAGGAGUGUAAGGUAGCUGGUCUCAAUUCGCAUGAUUAUCAUGUCCUGAUGCAACAGAUGCUUCUGGUUGCAGUUAGGGGGUUAUUGCCUAAAGGCCCUAGACUAGCAAUACUACGCAUUUUCUUCGACAUUAUCGUUCAUUUGACGGUCCAUCUAGGAAGGGAAGCUCGGCUCUGCGGUCCAGUCCACUUUCGUUGGAUGUAUCCCUUUGAGAGGCACAUGAAGAUACUGAAAGACUUCGUUAGAAAUCAUGCAAGGCCAGAGGGUUGUAUUGCUGAGUCCUAUCUUGUAGAAGAGUGCAUGCGGUUCUGUAGUGACUUUCUUAAGAAGACAACAAGUGUGGAGGAGAAAUUAGAUAGGAAUACUGACUAUGAGAGCCAGUCGAUCUUAGAGGGACGUCCAAUUUUGGUAGCCAGAUCAAUUGAUCUGUCUGAAAUGGAGAAGAAAACGAUCCAUCUUGCUGUCAUUCAGAACACAGCUGUUGUCGAGCCUUAUAUACCUAUUGAUUCUGGAACACAUGAUGAAACUCUAAAAUGGUUGGCAUAUGGACCUCGGACUAAUGCAAGAUCGUACACAGGCUAUAUAGUUAAUGGACAGCGGUUUCACACACACUCAGUUCAUAAGCAUACCCAAAACAGCGGAGUAUUUUACGAGGCUACUGCAAUGUGUAGAGCGAGUGCGAAAGACACGUCACAAGUUGUUGAUUUGGUAUCAUACUAUGGGAGAGUUACAGAGAUUAUCUUGGUGGACGACAAUGUGUUUUAUGUCCCUCUAUUCAGGUGUCAAUGGGCAGUAAGAGGAAACGGAGUUAAGAUGGAGGAUGGGUUCACACUUGUUAACUUGAAUCAGUCUCAAGUUUUGUUUAAUAGGGAUCCCUACAUUCUAGCUUCACAGGCAAAACAAGUGUUUUACUCAAGGGAGGAUGACACCUCGAGCUGGUAUAUUAUACUAAAAGGUCCAUCAAGAAGAUACAGUGAAGCAGACGAAGAAGAAGUCAACCCAGAUAUUGGACCACUGCCAUCAUCUAUUGACAUGGAAGUUGAAAUAGAAGAAGCUCAUAAUGCCAGAGUUGAUUGUGAAGGCAUAUAUGUGUGA